UGACGAUUUGAAGCAAAUUUCAUACAAGUGGAGUUUGGCUAAAGUUCUUAAAAACGAGGCUGCUGAUGUUGGACAAAGGCAAGGCUCUCAUUCAGAAUUAAAAGACGUCUUUACAACGUUGCUCCUUGAAGAGGAUGAUGAGCUGAAUUCUGUGGCUGAUCCUCUUGAGGGUAAUCUGGGAAACAAAGUCAAUUUCGGUUCCACAGGAGAACCAAAAAAAGGUCCGAAUUUUCCGGAGAAUGAUCAAUUUGAAUUUAUCAUUAGGAUUCGAGAUUACCAGAAGAUUUUUCCGAGCAACUCUUUAGCUGAGCUUUCGCACCUUUCAGCGUUUCGAUACAGCGACAGGAAACUCUGGAAUAUCGCAAGAGGGAUGCGUGUGAAAUCAGCUCUUUCCAUGACGACUUUUCUUCCAGGCGAUGUACUCUCCAACACAUCGAAGGUUGAGAUGCCUCGCUUGGGGAAGUCCCCUCUAACAUUCAUGAAUGAUUUGCAACUGAAGAAACCUCGAUCUACUGAAUCGUUUCUUGGCGUUUCCCUUGAAGAUGCGGCUUCAAACGCCCCUGACAUGCAAGAAUCUCGCCUUACUAACCAAUCUGAAGAUCUUCGGUCUACUUUGGAAAUGACGUCUAGCGCUUCAUUGCGCUAUGGCGGCUCGCUGCUCGACUAUGAAAGAGAAGCCGUUGAAUUAGUUAUGAGUUUGAUUGACACCCCUCUCGACAGCGCUUUAAUUCAAAAUGCUCGAGAUCUCUUUUUAAAAAGUCGUCGUCGUCGUCGAAGGUACGAACAUAACAAAAAACGAACUAUUUUGAAAGAAACGGUUAUUGACCCGGUGAAGCGUGCGGUCGAACACAUUUUCAAAAAGAAUGAUACAUUAGUGACAACCCGUGAAAUUGGAAAAGCCCCAGCCAACAAGCAUCCGAGCCAUGCAGAAACGACAAAUUUUUGGCGCCAAGAAGAGGAAGAAACGAACACCGGAUACUUGAAGCCCGUGAUGGAAGUGAACGAGCCUGGUUAUGACACCGAAUCAGCGAUCGAAAUCGAUGAGCACUUGAAUCAAAUCCAAGGAUUCAAUAAUCACUCGCGAUUUCAUCCAAGUCUCACCAAGUCGACUGUCAUACCUGCGGGACAAAAAAUACGAGGUACAAGCUCGCUCAACUUGUCAGACAAAAAAUUACCAGGUGCUUCUACCGUGCUUGGUGACCAGAAACUCCAUCGGCCAGCCGUUGACAGAACAGUUGACGGAAAUGCACCUGUCAACGAAAGCGUGCAUGUUUCGUCUGAGGAGCGCAGUCGCGUUGUGACGUCGUCAACGCGACAGAAGCACGUCACUCAGUCUUCCGACGAAAUGGCUUCUCUGCGUGAAGCAACAAGGGAGCCUUCCACGAAUCAACGAAACGUUCGAAACGCCCGAGAUUUACAAUCCAACGCUUCCAUAGACAGUGAUUCUGCUCCUGGAGUUCAUGUUGAGACUUCACGUCGAAGGAAUACAAAGAGUCAUCAUCCUUUUAAACAGGUCGCUGCUCAUCCAAAUAAAGCUGAUUGGAGCCGAAUCAAAAAUCCACCCAGCGACGAUCAUGAUCAGGCCAUCAAUUUUGACGAGCUUUUGUACUCAACGAAGAAUGAAGAUCGUACUUCUGAUGUUCAUCUUAAUGAGGGCCGGGCAGAAAAAAUCGCCGGUGCACGGGCGUCGUCUUCUGUAGAUGCAAUUGGAAAGCGUGGCUCGUUCAGUAAGCGCACGUUUGGUGAUUCAUCACAACGGAUCUGGAAGCCCAUGCUAGGAGACCCGAACGCCGCUCCUAUUUUGUCUGAAAGUCAGCAGGACACGGCGAGUCCUCUGAGCCGCCUGCCCAAAUAUGAUCUAGCUGAGGUAGGAAACAGGUCGUUGCUGUUGACCCCCAUGGGUAAUGCACCUCAUCAUCGUCUCUCACUAAUCCAUUUGAACGCACCUUCAUACUCACCGGCUUUGGAUCUAAAAAAAGUUGCACAGUCCCUUAAGGAUCGUAAGAAAGUCGGCACGAAAAACGCCGUUCGCGAAAGCGUAGGUUCGGAAUUUAGCGACCAUGGUCAUCUUGCAACCGAGCUAAGGGUCAGCCGAACCUCCUCUGAGGAAAAGGUUCCUUCCAAUCGAGAAAACUUGGUACGAAACUCUGACCUAAAGCUCUCAAAUAGCAAAAAAUCUGGUAUCGAUAUUCGCCAUUCAACUUGGUCUAAAAUUGGUUAUUCGAAUCAAAACAGCCGUCUGAUGGAGCAUGAUGACUUUUCGAGAAAUGUGCCAUCUAUACUCGAUAUUCACGUUCAGAACGAAGAAGAUCGUGGAGCUGCCGCGUUAAGACUAGAGGAACAAAGUAAAGUCUUAGAGUCGAAGCCCGUCUUGCAAUCUCGCUUCUCAUCAGCCGAGCAGCAAUCUGAUUCUGGCUUGGCGGAACCUAAGCUCAUGGGGCCCGACCGCCGAUCUCGAUCCGCCCCCAUCGCAGAGAAUCCUGUCCUCUCCUUGCGCUCGCCCCAAUACCUGCGGCAAGUUGCCGACUUCGUUCAACGCAACGGCGUUGUUCCGAACUUCAACUGCCCGCCAUCAUACUGGGAAUUUUGCGCCUUCGCCCAUACCUCCAACUCCGUCACCCCACUCGACCGCCUCCAAAGUGCCUCUGCCAAUGCCAAUUAUCGAGACCAUCAAGCGUCAAGUGACGAAUCGGGCGUAGAUAAUUCAUCGCACGAUAUUUACGAUGAAAAUUAUUCAACUGAUGACGAGGAGUACGUUACUACAGAUUCAAGUAGCGAAGAAUUUAUCGAUCCCGCAUCCUCGACUGGUCGAGGUACCUUUAUUUCGCCGUUACUUGUUAAUUCCAAAAAAGUUUCAACUUCAAGAUCGACGAACUCAGAUCAUGGUAUAAGUGGUAUAUUAAAAAACCAGCUUGGCGCCAAUGAAAACGAAGGAAAACAAGUUGACGCCCUUGAUGAAGACUCGACAGUGUCGCAUGAUCCGAACAACGUCUCCCAAUCACCUACAUCAUCAUCUGCAGCCUACAUCAGCCGACCAUCAUCUGCAGUUGAUGUACAAUCAAGUGAUCGUUUUGAAUCAAUGGCCAAUAAUAAUAAAAUAUCAGAAAAUGAAAAUGAACAUCUGCAUGCAACUGCUUCCCUGUUUAAUACAACCGAGGAGAGGUAUUUACAGGCUCCGAAAAAUUCUGGCUUUACUUCAAACAUUUUCAAGAGCGCUGCAUCGUCACCAACGUCUGUAGAUGUAUUUCCAACAUUGCUUGGCGAAGAAAUGCAUAGCAUCAUCGACCCUAGCCUUGCAGAACCACACACGACGAACACGUCAUACGUGAGUGACUCAACAAGCCUGCACAAGGUGCUCAUGUUACGCAGUAUGACGACCACGGGUCUCAGACAACCCGUCCUGGUCCUCUACACUUACGCACUCGACCGUCAAGCUACGUACGUCCUCAGUCUGCUCACUCGAGACGCUCGUGUCAACUCCACAGGACUCAGCAAAAUGAUACUCAAAUUCUCUCCUGAACCUAACGUCGAGGGCUGUUACGUGCGACCUGUGAACGGAAGUUCUGGCGGACUUUUCCGCGGUACGUGUUACGGUUACUCGGGCACAUAUUACCCGGUGAUAUUUCAAUGGAGUUACCAUCUCACACCCCUCGAGAGCAAAACAAUUUUUUAUCACGGCUCCCUGCCUGAAAUUGAAUUCCAGUUGCCCCCUGGCAGCGAGUCGACAAACUACGAAGUUUUUGUCACCAUUAAGAUCUUUGAUGGCAAGGGCGUGAGCAAGACGCUCCCAACAAAAACAGUGUUGGUGCCGCCGAGACACAAUAGCGGUGACGGCGUGGUGGCCAUAUUCAAAGAAAUCUCCAAAAUGGAUUCGUAUAACCCUUGCUUAGAAUUGGAAAAAAUCAGAGCCCUGACUUCGGAGCUGAACUCAAUCGAUAACAGCGUUAUCAGUCAGACUGUUUUCGAUAACAUCCUGACAAUUCUUUUCUACCGUGAGUCGUGCAUGGAUAGUCUCGAAACUAUCACCGAAGAUCCCAAUGACGUAAUUGCUGACAAUUCCGUAAUCGAAAGCUUCUAUCGCGUUAACAUGUUGAAGUCGUGCGCUCGGGACCAUCUCGCUGAGAUCACGUGCGCUUCUCUUAUUAGAGACGAGAUGGAGAUACUGCUUGUUGAGACGACCCUCACAAUUAUCCUGGAUACCCCCGACUUCAUCUCGAGUAAGACUUUCUUCAGAGUCGUGGAUGCCAUGUGGAGAAUUCAGAAGCAGCACAUGCAGCUAUGGGAUUAUCGAACCGAAAUUCGCAGCGAGGUCGCAAAGCAUUACUUUGCUCUGGUGUCUUCACUCCUGGACAAACAAAGCGAAUUAUACGACCUUCCGGCCGUGUCGGUCGACACGACCAACCAACUAAUUUGGUCGCUCAUGCGCGUCAUGGACAAGGAGGUACGGUCUCGUUUCCUCGAAGAAAGCCCACUGAAAUAUUCUACUUCAACGCUCGAAUUCACGGGAUUUUUGUCAGAAAGCGACAGCUUUACCAACAGCCAGGUACAGUGGAUGUUUACGAUCAGCGGUGUCGACGCGGAAACUUCGAUUCCUGUUCAUUCGGUGCUGUGUUUGGAGCACUUCAAGUCCCCUUACAUGGUGACCGAGGGCCGCGGCGUCGACGUGUCCAGCCACGUCCUGCAUCUUCAGCUGGCGCGAUCUAGGUUAAUCUGGACUAAUAUUCAGGUUCGGUUGCAGAGGUCGCACUUUCUCACGCACUCAGAGGAGUACGACUUCCGGCGCCCUGGUACUAUUUUGCCCGAGCGACUGAACGUCUACAAGCUCGAGAUCACUCCUGAACACCAACAUCAACCCCUGCAUGUACAGCUUCAAGUUACUAAAGUCUACGAUCCUGAUUACCCUAUCGCACCCAUCGCACUUAUUUGCCAAGACAUGCAGUCUCUGGAUACUCCUCUGUACGAGAUGCGUCUGCAGGCAACUCAGGAUACAACAGAAGGAGUCCUGUUUGUUCCCCCAGGAGCGCUGCCGCCUGCUACCUACGUCCUCGUCAUACUGGAUCAAAACAGCUACGAUAAUAGAUGGUCACGACGGAUGUCGCUGCCCUCGUACUCGAGUUUGGCAGGCGCCGACUACCAGAUCAGCGGCUGGUGGAGUGACUGUCUCCUGUGGAAUAACAUACACUGGGUGACCGGCCAGUGUACAGUCCUCAAGUCCACUUGGGAUGCCAUCACAUGCAGCUGCAAUUCAACCCUGACAGUCUACGGAGGCGUUGUCUACCCAAUCUUGGACGAACAAGACUCGAUGAAUGUGAAUGAACUCAUGCUGCUGCAGUCGUACUGUGCACUGUAUUUCAUCUUAUUUCUGUUCAUCGUCUACAUUGUUCUUGCUGUCUCACUUACAACGUCAGAACGAAUCAAUGUCAAUAGGCAAAAUGUGUGGCUACGAGAAAACGAUCCUUCUCAUGAACACGCCUACCUACUCACCAUCAAAACUGGCACCCAAAAACAUGCCGGAACUUCGGCUAAGGUAUUCACCAUUCUUCAUGGUACGGCAAGCAUGAGCGACACCAGAGAACUGCAGUCCAGCAUCACAGAUCAUAUCUUUGUCAGAGGCUCAGUUUGUUCCUUCAUCAUCACGACUAAACAGGCACUAGGAAACAUACUGAAGGUCCAGUUGUGGCAUAACAAUCAAGGGGAUGAAUUCAAGAGAGCUCAAAACUGCUCAUCCACCAAUUCUUCACAUACGGAAACUACUGCUAAUUUGGAUGAUUCUACGUAUGGCAGUUCUCAAGAUUUUUCAGGCUCGACUACCAACCCGUCGUCAACUUCUUCUCGGUAUUCAUCUCGCAUCGAUAUAGCCAUCCAUCCUCCUUCGCAUGCAUCUACUUCGACUUCGGAUGCAAACUUGGACCGAAUAUCACUAGCGCCUUCAAUAUCAAGUAAAUCUGGCGAUACAGUUGAUCACGCCAGUGCACACUAUACAUCAAGCUCUACACACUCUCUGCACGAAAAUUCGGAUUCAAAGCCUUGUGAAGAAGAGUCUCAAAAAAUAAAUCGCAAUUCAAAAUCCAAUUCCGAAGAUCCAGACUCCACUUGUUGCUCAUCUUACCCUUCGUGCGGAGAUGCCGCUGCUUGGUUCGUGUGCGAAGUAAGAGUUUCGGAGCUCACGACCGGUGCAGUUUUCGACUUCCCGUGCUACCGGUGGCUCUCGGUCACCGAAAAUGACGCCAAGGUCGAGCAUGAGAUCAGCUUGGAAACGGCCACCACUUUUUGGCAGGACGUCGAGCACUUCUUUCCUCAAUACGCCAACGAGAACGUAGUGUGGACCUCCUUGUGCUCAAUGUCGCACAGCGUCAGGUUCUAUCGUCUGCAGCGUCUUACCAUCUGCCUCAUCGUGUGCCUCGGCCUAGGGACAGCAAGUCUUUCAACCGUCAAGCGCAUCAACACCAGCCACACUAUGAUGACACCAGACCUGCACAUCGAGCCUUUGUUGUACGCGUUCAUGCUAUCGCCGCUACUGAUGCCCGUUCAGUGGCUGCUAGAGAUACUCUUCAAAGCCAGCAACAGGCUGGAAGAGAAAGAAGCAAGUUUUCUAUCUGCAAGAAAAACAAUCGACGCUCUUACUCCUCCGUCUGGGAAAAUGCCCAGGUGUACACAGUCUACUCAGCUUUCAGCUUCAUCUUCCACGUUAGAAAAUGGCUCUCGAAGUCAAAGCUCGAAAUCUGUUUCUUCACUCCUUGACGUACUGGAUUCUAAUUCCCAGGAAUGGAAGAAUAUGCUAAAAUGGGCGGAUAAUUUCACGGUAGAGACCGAACACGAGGAUGAUGUGCUAUUCCAAAAUUUAUUAAGAAAUAGAAAAAUACCUAAUAAUUCAUCCAUCUCCUUGCACGGUUCCACGCAAAAAGUCUCUGCUAGAGAAGAGGAUAAGGUUGAUUUUACAGACCACAUCACAGAUGGUAAAACAAAUGUUUCUCAAGAAAAUAUUCACGUCGUUGAUGAAAACACUUGCGCCGGUGGAGACACUCCAGUUCAAAAUCCUUCUCCGGCUGCUGCUGAUGAUGUUCAUACACCUGCAGGAAUAGACCACGACGAUACCGACGUCACAAGUUUAUUGGAAGAGAUGAGCAGUUCUGUAUGGCGCAGGUCUUUGCAAAUUUUGAGUUGGACCGUUUGCAUCCUAUGUGUUGCUGCUUGUGGUGUUACAUUGCUGAUCAAAGGAGCUGAUAUGCCAGUGGACUACUCUACGUUGUGGCUCCAGAUCAUCUACGCUACGCUCUGCACGUCUGUCAUCGUCAUCCAGCCUCUGAUCGUCGUCAUGUACACCAUUUCGCGAGUGAUGGUUUACAGAUGGUGCCAAGGCUGUAGAGGCUCUAUCUCUUUCUUCAUGACUUUCUCGUUGGAGCAGUCGAUAUUGAUCUGGCGUCACUACAGAACAGCGUUUUUGCGGAACCAAAGCACUGAGUCAUGCGGACGAUGUUCGAAUUGUCUUCAACGAAAUCUCGAAGAAGCUCGUGGCCGCAAAUCUACUACUGAAAAUGGCCACUCUGGCAGAGCAUCCACGAGUGAAUAUGAAGUUCCAGACGCGCAUGAUGGGAGCUCGAAUGAUGACUCAGAAGAAAAAUUGCGCCUGUUGUCUCGAGCCCGUGAGCUUCGCUUUGCUCGGCCGCCACCUGAGACUGUGCUGCUCAAGUGUCGCCAGCGGCGGCUGAAACGACAGACGAUCGUCAACUUCCUGUCUGCCACGAUACGCUACUUGUCUUUCCUUUGCCUGCUUAUAGUUAUCAUGAACCAUAACUUCGUGAAGGAGAAAAACCAAGUAAAUUCUGCGUUGAAGAAAUCCGUACUCAACGGGACGUGUCUUGUUGAAAUAGAUGAAUAUUAUAAGAAAUUCACGGAUAUACGAAAUAAGGAUGACUGGUGGACUUGGGCCGAAUCAGAGCUAAUGGCUUUGAAUUUCAACAAAGAUGAAGAUUUUUCCACCGAACAUUUGUUUUGCGACACGAAUGGUAUUAUCAUAGGGAAUCCAAGGAUGCGUCUCUACUCCGUUGCUGCGACUGAAUGUUCAGCUUCGAAUUAUAUGAUGACUGCUAACGAAUCAAUAAUAUCCAAGCUUGGCAUUGUCGAUUGUUUUCUAGAGUAUCGAGAUCCAGUUGACCAUCUUUCAAAUUUCCUGGGUGUUACCACCGAUAAAAAGUACGAAUGGGACGCUCAUUAUCUCGCUGUGCUCCAUGGCCAGUUUUCUCAUUACAGUUACACCAAGCACGAACAUUUCCUACCUCAGAACGAGUUUGGAGCUUUUGUAUUCCUGCUAACAUUGCGUGCAUUCGGUUGGCUUGCAACAGAGUCCUCACGUGCUAUUGUUACAGAAUUCACCAUCUACCAUCCAGCUUAUGACCUUUACUCAACAAUCAAUUACGUAGCUGAAUUUCCAUCAUCUUCGGGCGCCGCUGUUGAAAUUUCGGUUGCGUCUACAAAUAUCCAGCGGUAUCAAACACCCGGAGCGUAUCCCACAAUAUUUGCGGAGUGCCUCUUGCUUCCAAUUGCUAUGUUCCUGUUGAUCAAAAGUGUUCUGUACCUUUACAACUGUAGAUUCAAAGUGUGGAAAUCUUUCUGGGGAUUUUUGGACCUUCUGUUAACUUUUCUGUUGUGGGACUACAUCGUCUGCCUCAUGCUUCGAGUUCAGAUCGCGGAAGAUCUUAUGUGGCAACUUAAAGUUUCUUACUUCCAGAAGUUCGUUAACUUGAAAGGGGUAAUGACAUGGGAUUCGACUAUCACUUCUAUUCUUGGUUUUGUAAUUUUCGUCCACAUAAUACGGUGCUUGUGGCUUUUCAGUUUCUUUACAAGGUUUAGACGUCUAGGUCUAAUAUUUGCAGCCGCCAUUCCUGAUGUUUUAUAUAUAACUCUUGUACUUCUCAUUUUAAUAUUUUCAUUCGUAAACAUGUGCUUUAUAUGGCUAAAUCCAAUAUCGUCGGAUUUCUACUCUGCCAAGCAGUCUUUUUUUACUGUGUUUUCAUUAUCCGCGCGAAUUAACGCCGCUGAUGUAUCUGUCGACGAUUAUCCUUCUGGCUCUGUCCUUUUCAGCAAUAUCUAUAAAUCUGCUAUUGCAAUAUUAAUCGUAAUGUUUUCAAGAGCUUACUACUUCUCCGCAUUUUCUAAUGCAGUCAAAACUUUUGCCUAUCAAAGGAAACCUGUUGAAAUAUCUUUGAAAGAUGUUUUCCAUUUCAUUGUCACGGAACUUCAACGUGUUAUUCCUUUUGUUAAGAAGAAAGAGCAGGAGCCCUUCAAAAUCGCCAAUGAAUCCAUCCCACCAACAUUGUAUAUUUCAGAAUUGGAUGGCCAGUUAGACAGAGUUUUGGACACGAUGGAUUCAAUUUGCAGUGAAAGAGGCAUAAAUCUUGACCAGUCGGACAGCGUCGAUGAUGCAUCUUCCUCGUUUGAUUCUUACAGUUACAGAGAAGGCAUCAGAGAGAACUUCACUCGAAAUUCCUUCUACUCGAGUGGGAGGAAAACGUACAGUGAUAGCGAAACGUUCCCCAUGAUACAUGUGGACGGCAUGACUGACGUACCAAGCUGCCGCACGGAGACCCGUGCUGCCAGAAAACUCGCCGCGGGUAUUCGAAUCUUGACCUCGUCAGAAGCAGUGCAUGCCGACAGCUUCACGUUGCCGCGUCAAGUCGUUUGUGAUCGAGAUUCUGAACACCUGAAGAAGUUUUUACUUGAUGUCCGCUCGUUGUCGGUUGGUAAUUUGACCGGCACUCCGUUUAGCAAGUACGGGAAACAUGUGCACAAAAUAAAGUCAAAUGAGAAGAAAGCGAUCUCUUCCAUCUCUAGCGUUUAUGAAGAAAGUUGUCGCCACAGUAGCAGCUCCUCGACUGAAUGUCGUAUUUGCAGAAACUUGAAGAAAACGGAAACUUUGGGCCUGGACGGGACUUCGGAUGUGGAAAACGAAAUGGACUUUUUAGGCAUCAACGAAUAGGUGGGAAUGAAGUAACUUCAUGUUUUUAAUCUCGUGUGAUGCAAUAUAAAUUGGGUGCAGAUUACAAAUUUGCAAGACGUUUUAAGGAUUAAAGUUUAGCUACGGCUUAUUAUUGACUUUUCAAUACGAAAUGUCCACAAUAAAUGAUUAGUUACCGUUGUUUAUCAGCUAUUUUAGUAAUGUUCAAUUCAGCAUCGCCUAGUGUGUACAAUGUUUGUUUUGUGAGGAAGUACAAAUCAAUUCCGUGAACCUAAUGUUCGCAAUUUUUUUUGCUUGCAACAGGCUCGAGGAGUUUGAUUUAGAUAGAAAUGAUUACAACUCUUGUAUUGUUGAAGCAUCGAAUCAGAGUAAUCAAGUGAUAUGAUGUACACUUGUAAAUAUUAGCUCCCAUGUUCUUCAAUGAUACAGGUAAGUUGGCUUCAAACACACCUGCUUUUGCUCCUCUUAGCGCUUGUUCGUUGUCUGUUACCGUAUUACCCUUGUUGACUCUGGACGUUACAAUAUAUUGCAUAUAUUAUUGUUAGAAAAUGUAUUCCUACUUCUCUUCAUCAUUUUGGUCGUAAUUUUGCUUGUGCUGGUUCCAUCUUUUCAUUUAGCGUUUCCAAAAAAAUUGAUCUUUAUAGUUUCGAUAGCAGUGACGCGUUUCGCAAAACUGCUGAAUAUAAAUUUGUCGCGAAAUAAUUAGCUAUGUUCUCACUACUACAAAGUUACUUUUAUGUAUAAAUGGUUCGCAUUUAACUAAUCACCUGUUCAGAUAUGCUUUUAGCCUACAGGAGCAGAUUGCAGUAAGGCUUUGAAAUAUAGCGUGGAUUCGUACGUCGAUUCAUAUAGGUAAACUCCGUUAUUGGUUGUUUUCCUCGUUUGAUUUCAGCUUGUUGUUACAGUUUGCUUAUCAAAGGUUUAAUGAAGUUUUUGCAUUUCAAAUGAGAUCACCAUUGGUGAGUGAGGGGAAAAAAUCACCAAUAGAAUUCUUUCCUGGUGUUGCUUCAACAGCAAAUGCUGAAUAAUUUUCGACUCUAACUUCUUUGUCGAAUUGCAAAAAUUCAAGCCUAAUGCAGAUGCCAGUUGAUUCAUUGGGACUACACUGUGAGAAGACGGUCAGUAAUGUAAGUUUUUACAUCUCUUUCAAGUGUUGAUGCCCUCGCUUCACCAUGGAGCUCUCAGUUGUUGGUUGUUGUUACACAUUUAAUCCCCUGGAGGUCCAUUCUUCCAGUCACCCCUGUUGCUGCUCACCCAAUUGCUGCCGGUGCUCAUUAUUCGUCACUGAAUCCGCUUUUCAGACAAAACUUAUUUCCACUUGGCUAUGCUGAGUGCUGCAGUGCCGGUUACAAUAUAGUUGUUUUUGUGCCGGUACAUGUGAAUUUUUUUACGUUUCCCUAGGAUUAAAAGGCUGAACACCUGUGUGGCUAUAUAUAUUUUUAAAGUUUUUCCUGGCAUUUUUGAUGAAUGUUUUUUUUUAAUUAUAUGUAUUUAGUAGGAAAAACAAGGCAUGUAGUAUUUAGUCUCGUUUCUGUUCCUUUACAUCGCGCUUCUUUCAAAUAACUCGGUUGGCAUUGAUUUCGAUAAGGUAUGAACAACUUCGAUUACCUAGUGUUAGGAGAUCUCGCUCCCUUCGCGGCAGCGAGUCCAUUCCUCUGUGCCUUCUAGAGACUGAACUAAUUUAAGAGAAUGUAAAAAUUGUAUGACCAUUCCUCUUUCGAAAAUCUGUCUUGCAUUUACCAAAGAGUUGCAAAUUUCAUAUGUAUUUAUUUACUAACUCAUGAGGAAUGUAGGACAUGAGUUUAGAGUCACACGUUAACCAAUUCAUAACCAACUUUGCGCCGUAAUGUUACCCUGUCGAUAAAAGUUAAUCAGUGAUUGAGAAGAAAUGUAGAAGUUAUGAUUUGCUGUGCCGUGGUCUUGAAAUAAACUCCAGUUUGCUAAAUACAAUGUCACCGGAAAUAAUUUCACUGUAAUGUAGUACGUUUGCAGUUUGUCAUGCAUGCUCCUAGAAUCUUGUGCAGUUUGUUUUGCCCUUACGAUUGAAUUGAAUGGUUGUCAAUUAUGUGUUUAGGCUAAAAUUAUUCUAACACUUAGGAUAAGGUCCUUCGAUGUACGGUAACAAUUUAAUAAAUGGUCGAAAGCAA